CUUCCGACUUCAACUGUAUGUGAUCGUGACUAUUAUAAUCAGUAUGGUCUCUAGAUUGACUAGAUUAACCUUCAAUAGUUUUAUGUUCCAAUAUAGCAUAUCUGACAUUCUGACUUUGUCUGACCUCAAGGUACCAUAGUAACAAAUCUGGUUUAUUCAUAUUAUGGAAUGCUCACCUCGGCAGGUGUUACUGAGCUGUUGUCCGGGUCUUUGCCUUUGUCUCAGGAUGUUUCACUGGGUGGUGAAGGUGGUUCCUCAGGCCCCUGACGUCCCUGGUUCUCUGGGAGAGGAGACGGCCAAUCCCGCACCAAGAAACGUGUCUAAAGAUGAAGUGAAAAAAGUCAAGGCAAAACAGAAGGAAGAUGAUAUUUCUGAGGACAACAGUAUUCAGAGUGGAGUGAUGACCUGGCUCUCCAAUGGAUUCACAAGUGCUCUUCCUCAACCAGCAGGCACACCUAACCUCAGCAGAUCCAACUCUGUAUCCAGGUCACUGCAGGAGGAUGAAAGGAAUGGGGUGAUUAAGUGGAUUGCAGAUGGACUGAGUAAAGUGGUACCCCAGCCAGAUGAAAAGUACAGAGAGGAUAUUCGAGAGGAGGAUGAAACAGAGGUUUAUAACAUGAAAGAUGUGCCUGACGCAGAGCCCCUCCCACAUAUACCUGUGGUGGAGAUGUUUUCAGAAUAUGAGGAAGAGGAUCAGAUACCACAGUUCCCCCCCAAUGUGGUUAACUGGAUUAAGAAUGCUAUUCCUCAGCCUGUGAUGCUCCCUGCAGGUUACGUAGAGGCCCAGAGUAAGGCCCAGAGCAAGAGGUCAUCUCUUGACAAAGGUAGAAGCAGAGUUUAA